AUGGAGCAAAGCAGCUUGGGAAAGAUGUUAGUAACUACCGUGGUCAAUUGUUUUCGCCACCCUGGUCUCUUUGCAGGGCCUCCUCAAAUAUCGGUGCCCAAAUUGGAGGAGCAAUACAUUGAAAUGGACGUGUGCGACGCUAUCCAAAGGCUUCUUCUUAAUAAUCUGAUGGCUAUUAAAGAGCUGUUCAGUCCUGUGACGAAGGACGACACAGCCAAUUUGGAGCUGAAUGAUGACGAGAUUAUAGCCAUGGACCAGGAGGCAGAAGAAGAGGAGAACGACGAUCAUAAAAACGAAGAUAAAACAGAUAGUUACGAAUCUUAA